AUGCGCAGUUCCAGAGAGCCCCCGAAGUACAUGCAGCAGCUACCAGUCUUCGACGGAAAACCCGGUGAGUGGAUAGCUUAUAAGGCCACGUAUUGUGACUCACACACGUAUUUUUCUAGCGUAGAAAAUGUUGCUAGGAUUAGGAUAAGCCUCAGAGGCGCCGCAAAGGAAGCUGUAGGGAGCUUAUUAUUUAGUCAAUCUGACCCUCAGGUCAUUCUAGACGCACUAGAAAGACGUUUUGGUAGGCCUGAGGCCUUGAUAAUGACAGAAUUAGAAAAUGUAAAGUUAUUACCUAGAUUAAAUGAUAACCCUAGGGAUAUUUGUAUAUUUGCUAGCCGUAUUGCAAACACGGUAGGUAGCACUAAAUAGAAUUCAGUAUUUAUAUAGCCCCGAAAUGUCGCGUAAUAUCAUAGAAAAGUUAACGCCAAUAUUAAGAAAUAAAUGGUAUGAUUACGCGGCUAAUAGAAAGCAUGAAGAUAUUCCCGUAUUAAAACUGUUAUCUAUGUUUAUGAAUGAAGAGGCCGACAAGUGUAGCGCGUACGCGCUGCUGGAGCGUGUUAGUGAUAACGCCAUUGAUGUACGACAACGGCGCAGAGUUGAGCGCACGUUCAUCGUGAGUAAAAGAACGUCAAGUGAGCCAUGCCCGGCAUGUAAACAACACGGCCACAAAUUACCGGACUGCAAUAAAUAUAAGCAGCUAGACAUAGAAACUAGGUGGAAUAUAGCGAAAUAUAAUAAGAUGUGUUUUAGAUGUUUACGAAAUAAACACAGAAGAUAUAUGUGCAGAGCGCCUAUUUGUGAUAUCAAGGGAUGCAACAUGAAACAUCACAAACUGUUGCAUAAAGAGCGUGAUGAUAAGACGACACACAUCAGACCGCCGCACGCGCCGCCAUCAAUGACGCCCGUUAUCACACAUGAAUCCGUGACGUCAGCGCGCGAAACAGUAUCAACGACUUCGCCUCGGAAUCGCCGCGCGUACUUGAAGAUAGUUCCUGUGACGUUACGCGGACCACGUACGAGUAUCGACACAUACGCCUUGUUAGACGAUGGGAGUACAGUCACCUUGUUAGACGCGACAGUGGCAGACAUCCUAGGUGCAGAUGGGCCAGCUAGUCCUAUGCAGAUACAAGGCCUAGGUACGGACGUCAAACAUGAGCAAAGCCGCACUGUUAGUCUCCACAUACAAGGCAAGUACCACAGCAUCCCGCAGAAGAUAGGGGCAGCGCGCACCGUUAACAGGUUGGAAGUCAUGGCGCAGACUGUACACACAGAAGACUUAAACAAUUGUAGGCAUUUGAACGAUAUAAGAAGCACUCUUGUUUAUGACCGCGCGCGACCGAUGAUUUUAAUAGGUCAAGAUAACUGGCAUUUAUUAGCAGCUACUAAAACACGCACAGGUGCGCGCGAUCAACCGGUAGCAUCUUUUACCAAACUCGGUUGGGUAUUACAUGGAUGUCAUUACUCAGUAAAUAAAGACAGAAGAACAUUUUGCGGCCACAUUAGUAUUAAAGAAAAUUCAGAACCAAUUGAAGAAACCGUUAGAAACUUCAAAGUAAAUAGUCCAGAUAAGUACAUACCUACACCUGCUGCUUACGCUCAACGCGCCAAAGAACAAAAGGACAAGCACUUGCCGGCCGAAACCGUAUCAAAGGGUACCGCCGCCAUACAGGAUAAAAAAGCAGCGGCCGGCAACAGCUCGUUAUCAGCGUUAAGUACAUGUGGCGCAAGCGCACGUGUUUUACGUUUGCGCGGGAGAAUCACAGCGGUGGCAAACGUAAAUGCAAAAUCAAAAUACCCUGUUAUAUUCAAAAGUAAAUACAGGUAUAAGAAAUUAGGUAUUAUGUAUUUGCAUAAACAAUUGCACAAUAGCGGGAACAAUAUAAGUACAGGUUAGAAUAGUUCUAUAGGAUUAUAGGUAUAUAGGUAUAAGUUAGUUUGUAGACAUAGGUUAGUCUAUAAUUAUAGGAAAGUAUA